AAGUCAAUUCUUCGCGCUCGUUUCUGAGACUUGUGUAACGGUCUUGGCUCAUGUUGGAUUUCGGUAGUUUAUGGAUAAUUACUUGUAUGAUUUCUUGUGUUAGCCCUAGUAUUUUUGAUACAAUUAUACAAGGUCAUUUAGAAGACGGAUAUCAAGUUUUUCAUUGUGGAUGCGUAUAUCUAGGAGGUGUUCCAUUAGGGGAAACAUUUGUACUAAUAUUUCAUGGCGUGCAUUGUCGUACAUGCUGGUGCGGGGUACCAUUCCAAAUCCAAAGAAAAGAAAUACAAUAAAUUAUGUUCUGAAGCGUGUUUGCUUGCUGCUGAACUGCUUUCAGUCGAGCAUAAAAGUGCUGUUGAUGCUGUGGAGGCAGCUGUUGCUUACCUAGAAGAUUGUCCAUUGACCAAUGCAGGAAUCGGUAGUAAUCUAACAAUCAACGGGUUUGUUGAAUGUGAUGCAGGUAUAAUGACUGGCUCUGCCCUCCGGUUUGCUGGGAUUGGUGCUGUUCAAAAUAUUAGAAAUCCCAUAAAGGUUGCAAGACUUCUUCUGCAGUCACAGAUUGACUAUCCUUUAGGUGAACUGGGACGCGUCCCCCCAUCUCUCCUUGUUGGUGAUGGUGUUCAUUUGUGGGCGGCCUCAAAGGGAUAUUCUGUUGAUAACUGUAACCUUAUUACUAAAGCUUCACAGUUAUCUUGGGAAAAAUACAAAAGUUGGUUACGCAGUGAAGGUAAAAUGGAUGCAGUUAUGAGCAACUCUCAUAUUACAUCUCAUUAUGAUUAUUCUUCUGAAUCUAAGAAAUCUCGCGUUGAUACUGUAGGUGCUGUGUGUAUUGAUUUGAAAGGGAACAUUGCUUCUGCGGCAUCUAGUGGUGGUAUUGCAAUGAAAUAUGAAGGGCGUGUCGGCCAGGCGUGUACAUAUGGUUGUGGUUGCUGGGCCGAAGAACUGAGUCAGUUUUCUCGAAUCGGUGUUGUCACUUCAGGUACAGGAGAGCAACUCGUAAGGACUCAGCUCGCUCAGCGUUCUGCUGAACGAUUCAAUGGUUCCUCAGUUUGUGUUUCAGAUGCAGUUCAGUCAUCUCUCAUUGAAGGAUUUCUAAACUCAAAAUAUCUUUCGUUGGAUUCGGAAAAUUUGCUGGGAUAGCUGGAGUGUAUGCGGAUUUUGAACGUACCAGUCACCCUGUUAUGGAGAUAUUUUUCGGUCACUCAACAAGAUCAAUGAGUAUUGGUCAUUAUUUGCCUAGUAUCAUGACAAAACCAACUGUUCGCAUAACGCGUAAACAAAUCGACAAACCUAUAUACGUGGAGGUUUCCUCGUAUUGCUUAUAACUUCACCCAGAGUUACUGUGAAAUGAGUUAUCUCUAUGCUUUCGAUAUGUGCUCAUGAAUCCGUUGGAAGUUACUCAUCGCUUGUCAAUACAAACGGAUCACCAUGUGAUGAUCUCGAGGCAGCGAGAAAACAUGUUCAGUUGGUCAGAUUCAUACAAAAACUGGCGUUAAUCCUGUCGGUUGAAAACUUUGAGUUGGAUUAUAUGGGGAUUCUACGCAUGAAAUAGCUUACAGAUUGUGCAAUAUUUGUUUUCUGAUGUUGACUUUUUGAAUUGAUUGACUGAGUGUUCCAUAACUUCUGUAUCCUUCUACCAAAAUCAAAAGUCUGAUAAAUGUUCUUUACUAUGUAUAGGAAAGUGGCGUAUUCAACCAUACUGUCACUUAUUGAUCCAUAUGCUCUAAUUCCCAUCUCCUAUCUUUCGGUCAUUUAGAAGACGUAAUUCCUUCUCAUCACAUAGUAGGUGCUAUCCACAAUCUUAAACUCAUAUUUGGGAGUUUAAUUUGUUUUUUGAAGUUUCAGUUUUGAAGUCAAACUGCUACUCUAGACUUCAGGAUAAGAGUUGUGUCAAUUUUCGCGUUAUGAAAAAUGGAGUAGAUGCUCUUCAAUCAACAAGCAAAUAUAAUCAGCGUAGAAUUUGGUAAAUUUGUGUUUCUACUUGUCAUGUUUCUGAAAUGGGGAUCGAGAAAAAACCCUAGUCUGGAGAGCGGCCAAUCAAAAUGCAAUUUAUAUUGUCACGUCUAUAGUUAGACAGACACGGUGGAUCAGCCAGUCAAUAGUAUUAUUUUGAACAGCGAACUACCUAUAUAUUAACUGUAUUUUUCCUCUUUUUGGGUCUUCGGUCUUUUCUACCCUAAUACACGUUACUACACAUCC